AUGGAAUCCAUCAAGACGCUGCUGAUCGCCAACCGGGGCGAGAUCGCUACCCGCAUCAUCCGCACCGCCCACGCCCUCUCCAUCCGCACCAUCGCCAUCUACACCCCCGCCGACUCCGCCUCCACCCACGUCUCCGCCGCGCACCUCGCCCUCCCCAUCCCCUCCUACACCGACGCAUCCGCCAUCCUCGCCGCCGCCACCACCCACGCCGCCGACGCCCUGCAUCCCGGCUACGGCUUCCUCUCCGAGUCCGCGACCUUCGCUGCCGCCGUGCUCUCUGCGGGCAUCACCUGGGUCGGCCCCUCCCCCUCCGCCAUCAGCGCGUUCGGCGUCAAGCACGUCGCGCGGCAGCUGGCCGCGAAGGCGGGGGUGCCUGUCGUGCCUGGCUCGGCCGGCUUGGUCGGGGAUGCGGAGGAGGCAGUCCGGGCGGCGGAGGGGGCGUGUGGGGGGUAUCCGGUGAUGCUGAAGGCGACGGGGGGUGGCGGGGGGAUGGGGCUGGCGGCGUGCGCGGACGCGGGCGAAGUGCGGGAGAAAUUCGCUGGCGUCGCGGGGAGGGGGGAGGCGCUGUUUGGGGAUUCGGGCGUGUUUGUGGAGAGGUUUUAUCCGAGGGCGAGGCAUGUGGAGGUGCAGGUGUUUGGGAAUGGGUUGCCUGCUGGCGAGGGGGGUGGCGGUGCGGCGGUGCAUUUUGGGGAAAGGGAGUGCUCGAUUCAGCGGCGGCAUCAGAAGGUGGUGGAGGAGUGUCCGAGUUCGUUCGUCGAGGCGAGACCGGGUUUGCGGGAGAGGCUGGGCGAGGCGGCGGUGAUGCUGGCGGAGUCGAUUGGGUACGGGAGUGCGGGGACGGUCGAGUACUUGGUUGAUGAUGAGACGGGCGAGUUUUUCUUCCUUGAGAUGAAUACGCGGUUGCAGGUCGAGCAUGGCAUUACGGAGCUCUGUUACGGCGUCGAUCUGGUCGAAAUGAUGCUGAAGCAGGCGGAUGCGGAGCGUUCGGGCAAGGGCGGCUUGGAUGGGCAGUAUCUGAAGUCGCUGCAGCCGAAGGGCCCGAAUGGGGCGGCUAUUGAGGUCAGAGUUUAUGCCGAGAACCCGGUCAGAGACUUUGCUCCCUCGCCGGGUCUGUUGCAGCACGUUGAGUGGAACGAGAUCCCCGGUACUCGAAUUGAUACUUGGGUGUUUACUGGUUCGAGGAUUACUCCAAACUACGACCCCCUAAUCGCCAAAGUCAUGCACCACGCCCCCACCCGCGCCCUCGCCAUCUCCGGCCUCUCAACCGUCCUCACUCACUCCAAGCUCUGCGGCCCGGCCACGAACCUCGAAUUCCUCUCGGCCAUCCUCCACAGCGCCGACUUCCACGCCGGCCGCACCUUGACCAGCUUCCUCAACGACUUCUCCUUCCAACCCCACGCCAUCGACGUCCUCUCCGCCGGCGCCUACACGCUGGUCCAAGACCUGCCCGGGCGGCCCGCCGUCGGCAAGGGCAUCCCACACGCCGGCCCCAUGGACCCGCUGACCUUCCAGCUCGCCAACAUGCUGGCCGGCAACGCGCGCACGACCGAGGCGCUCGAGAUCACGCUGUCCGGGCCGGAGUUGCGUUUUCUCGGGCCGGCCGUCGUCGCGCUGUGCGGGCCACGCAUAGACGACGUGACGCUGGACGGCGCGCCGAUGCCGAUGUGGACGCGGGUGCGGGUGCGCGCCGGGCAGCGGCUGAAGAUCGGGAGGAUAGCGAUGGAUGGAGGCGGGUGCAGGGCGUACCUGGCGCUGCGGGGAGGCCUGCCGGGCGUCGCGAGUUAUUUUGGCAGCAAGAGCACGUCGCCGGCCGUCGGCAUCGGCGGGUAUCAGGGGCGGCAGCUGGCGCCGGGGGACCUGCUCGAGAUCGCAGAGUGCAGCGUCUCCUCUGAGGAGGGAGAAGAAGAAGAAGAAGCUACAGUAAGCCUCCCCGAGCGCCUGCGGCCGGCGUACACGCGCGACUGGAAGAUCAAAGCCAUGGUCGGGCCGCACGAAGACGGCUACCUCCUCCCCUCGGACGUCGAGAUGAUCUACACCACGACGUGGAAAGUCAGCCACAACGCCAGCCGCAGCGGCAUCCGGCUGCUCGGCCCCGUGCCCAAGUGGGCGCGGUCGGACGGCGGCGAGGGCGGCGCCCACCCGAGCAACCUGGUCGAGUACGGCUACCCGCUCGGCGCGCUCAACUGGACCGGCGACGACCCGUGCAUCUUCCCCGUCGACUGCCCCAACUUCGGGGGUUUCGUGAGCUCGACGACCGUCGUCCGCGCCGAGUGGUGGAAGAUGGGGCAGCUGAAGGCGGGGGAUAGCCUGCGGUACGAGCGCGUGUCGUUGGAGGAUGCGUUGGCGGCGAGGGCGAGGUUGGAGGCGUUUUUGAGUACUGUUGAGGUGGCUGUGAAGGGGACGGUGGGGUGGGAGAUGGUGGAGGCGUUGGAUACGCAGACGACGGCGCCGUCGACGCUGAAGGGGGAGUGGGGGAGUGCGGUGCUCUGGCACAGGCCGGAGCAGGGGAACCAGCCGGCCGUGACGUACAGACAGGGCGGCGACGACCACCUAAUCAUCGAGUACGGCCACGAGCAAUUCGACCUCAACCACCGCUGCCGCGUCACAGCGCUCGAAUCGCACAUCCGCGGCCCCUCGACGCCCCCCUGGCUAAAAGACCACCUCACCACCACCAUGGGCUGCUGCACCUCGCUCCUCCUCUUCUACGACGGCAGCGCCGUCCCCCGCCCCCGCCUCCUCACCUACCUCCAGACCCUCGAAGACACCCAACUCGGCGACCUCUCCACCGCGCGCGUCCCCUGCCGCCGCUUCCGGCUGCCUCUCAGCUUCGAAAGCGCCGCGCAGCGCGACGCCAUCGCGCGGUACAUGGAAACACAACGACCGCACGCGCCGUACCUGCCCGACAACCUCGCCUUCGUCGCGCGCAACAACGGGAUCAGCCCCGACGACCUGAAACGCAUCUACCUGACGGGCACGCACGUCGCGGUCGCCGUCGGCUUCUUCUGCGGCAACACCGUGUGCCUGCCCGCGGACCCGCGCAUGCGGCUGAACUGCCCCAAGGCCAACCCGUCGCGCGUCUACACGCCCGAGGGGACGGUCAGUUGGGGUGGCAGCUGCAUGUCGCUGUACCCGGUCGAUUCGCCGGGGGGUUAUCAGAUGACGGGCCGCACGGUGCCGUGUUUUGAUGUGCUGGGGUGGAAGAGGGGGUUCGAGAGGGCGCGGCCGUGGUUGUAUAGGGAUUUUGACUUGCUGACGUAUUAUGAGGUGAGUGAGGAGGAGAUGGAGGAGUUGCUGAGGAAGUUUAGGGCGGGAUUGUACGAGUGGGAGUGGGAGGAGGUGACGUUCGACAUGGCGGAGCACAAUAGGCUGUUGCGAGACACGAAGGAGGAGGUGAAGAAGAUUAGGGAGAGGCAGGCUGUCGCGCAGGAGGAGAUGGUGAGGGCGGAGCAGGAGAGCUUGGCGAGGUGGAGGGAGGAGAAGAAGAGUCAGCAGGUGGAUGAGAGCACGGUAGAGAGCUUGUUGGAUGAUCCUGCCAUCACGGCUAUUGAAGCACCGGUCGAUGCCAACGUCUGGAAAGUCGAGGUCGCAGACGGCGACGUGCUGAAGCCGAAUCAUUUGAUCUCUAUACUCGAAGCGAUGAAGCUGGAGAUUUCCGUUCGGCUACCGGACGAUGUCGUAACGGCCGGUAGCCCACCCGCCAAGGUGGAGAAAGUCCUCGUACGGCCGGGAGACACCGUCAAGGCAGGCGGGAGGAUAGCUCUCGUGAGGAGGGGCUGA